AUGAUGCACAACGGCACGAGCAUCAAGCUCCUCACCGGCAACUCGCACCCGGAGCUCGCCGCCAUGGUGGCCGAGAGGCUCGGCAUCCCCUUGACGCCGUGUACGGUCAAGAAGUUUUCGGACAACGAGACGUCGGUCCAGAUCGGCGCCUCGGUCAGGGAGGAGGACGUCUUCAUCAUCCAGACGGGCUUCAACCCUUCGCCGCACCCGUUCAACGCCAAGGCGCGCCACUACGGCCACGACGGCAACCCGGAGGAGUCGCGUCCGGGCACCCCUCUGCCGCCGCUCGCCCGCGCGACCGACCUCAACUCGCGCCCGACGAGCCCGUCCAAGCCGACCCCGGCACCGUUCAACGACCCGAACGACCUCCUCAUGGAGCUCCUCAUCCUCAUCUCGGCGUGCAAGACGGCGAGCGCCAAGCGCAUCACGGCCGUCAUCCCCUGUUUCCCUUAUGCUCGCAUGGACCGGAAAGACAAGUCGCGCUCGCCCAUUACGGCCAAGCUCAUCGCCAACAUGCUCGAGAUUGCCGGGUGCGACCACGUCAUCACGAUGGACCUGCACGCGAGCCAGAUCCAGGGCUUCUUCGAGGUCCCUGUCGACAACUUGUGGACCGAGCCGAGCAUGGUCAGGUGGGUCAAGGACAACAUUGCCGACUGGAGCGACGCCAUCAUCGUCUCGCCCGAUGCCGGCGGCGCCAAGCGCGCCACGACGCUCGCCGACCGCCUCGACUGCGACUUUGCCCUCAUCAACCGCAACCGGUCCAAGGGCGACGGGCCCGACGCCGAGGGCAAGAUGGAGCUCCUCGUCGGCGACGUCAAGGACAAGGUGGCCAUCCUCAUCGAUGACAUGGCCGACACGGGCGGCACGAUCAAGCUCGCGACCCAGACGCUCGUCGAGAAGGGCGUCAAGGAGGUCUACGCCCUCGUGUCGCACGGUCUGCUGUCGGGCGAGAGCAUGCAGGAGCUCGCAAAGAUGCCCAUCGUCAAGGUCGUCGUCUCGAACACGAUCAACCAGGCCGAGCACCUGAAGCAGGCGCAGGGCAAGCUCGAGAUCAUGGACAUCAGCCCGGUCCUCGCCGAGUCGAUUCGCCGGACACACAACGGCGAGUCGAUCUCGCUCCUGUUCAAGUAGCGUCGGGUCGGUCAGGAGGACGCGUCUCGGUGCGGGGCGAGGAGGAGGGGGACGGGGAAGGGAGGCCGCCAAGCAGUACCAAGGACUCUCUACUCUAUCUCUCUCGCUCGUGUGAUCAAUGCAUCUCAUUCCAUUUG